AUGGACGCACGAGCAAACAGAAACGUGGGCGGACCCGGAGCAGCCCCUCGCUCGACCGCCGUCCCCGGCUCUUCUUACCUCGAUAAGCCUGAGACCGACGCCAGCAAGACGCCGGUAAUUGCUUCACCAAUGGGGCCUUUGACAAGCACCGACACGCCUCCAAACAUUGUGCAUCCAUAUCCAACCCCAGUCAGCAUAUUGGCACCUCCACGCAACACCGACUCGACCGUUUCUUCGAGACCUCUGGCCAACACAUCCAUUCUCCCCGUUGGUGCCAACCCCAUGGCCGACACAGCCAGCACCAUCGCUGUCCCCGCGAGUACCGAUUUCCCGCCGCUUCAACCACCACCUAUCUUACUACCAGCACUACAACAACAACAACAACAACAACAUGAAAGUACCCUACACCACCAGCAGGACCAAUUGUUACAGCAGAUAAGGCAGCAACAGCUGGAACACAUGCGUCAGCAGGGACAACUGCCGUCGCAACCACGACACGCACAUGGCCUAACACCGGAACAACAUCAACAACUGGCACAACAACAGCAACUGCAUUACUUAUACCGCCUACACCAACUCGGCUUACUACCACUGCUACAACAAGGGCAAGAGAAAGGCCCGCAACGGCAACAACCACCAUGCCCACAUGCUCAACAGAAGAAGCAACAGCAGGCACAGCCUCAGCUGAAAGCACAGCCAGAACAACCUCGACAGCAAGGACAGCCAGAACAGCAGGUACAGCCUCAACAUCAACAACAAGAACAACAGCAAAACCAGCCUCGGCAGGGACAGCAGGAACAACCUCAGCCUCAGCCGAAAGCACAGCCAAAACAGCAAGUACAGCAGGGACAGCCGGUAGAGCCUCAACAAGAAGAACAACAGCAAAACCAGCCUCGACAGCAAGGACAGCAGGAACAACAAGAACAGCAAGGAGACCAAGGAGAAAAAGAACAGCCUCAACAGCAAGAAUCGCGAAAGCAGCAAGAAUAUCAAGAACAACAGAAACUACUGCACCUGGUGCACCAAAUACAAGAACUCGAAGCACUUUUACAACAAAACAAAAAACUAGAACCACCGCAACAGCAAAAGUUGCAGGACCUACGACAGCAACUGCCACCACGACAACUACAUCCCCCUUCUUCCCUCUCCGCCUCUGCCUCCUUGGUUCCCCUCCAAUUCCAUAUCCCACCCCAAACCCAACGCUUCACCUCCUCCACCUCCACCUCCACACAAACUUCCAAUCACAACCCCAAUCCACCCCCCUUCUCUGGUGCCGCCAUCCCCGGCGCCCCCUUCCCCAUUACCGCAAUCCCCCGCCUCCUCCCCGGCAUCCACCUCAGCCCCGAGAACUACGACCGCUACCGGAUCUUGGUUCACAACCUACGUUUCCAGCACAUCUUCCGGACCGACCCCGCUCUGGCUUUGGCGUUCCAUGACGAGUUCAAGACGCGCAUGGAGCUGCAAAGGCUGUUGCCGGAUAGUCGACCGCCGAAGCGGUUUGUGAGUGGGCGGGAGGUGCAGAGGGGGCCGCUGAGUCAGGGGGAGUGGGAGUGGGAGUGGGAGAGGGAGAGGAUAAGGAGGGAGAGGGAGAGGAGGGAGGAGAUGAGGAGGGAGGAGAUGAGGAGGGAGGAGAUGAGGAGGGAGGAGAUGAGGAGGGAGGAGAUGAGGAGGGAGGAGAUGAGGAGGGAGGAGAUGAGGAGGGAGGAAGUGAGGAGGGAGGAAGUGAGGAGGGAGGAAGUGAAGAGGGAAAAGGAGAGGGAAAAGGAGAAGGAAAAGGAGAGGGAAAAGGAGAGGGAAAAGGAGAGGGAAAAGGAGAGGGAAAAGGAGAGGGAAAAGGAGAGGGAAAAAGAAAAAGAAAAAGAAAAAGAAAAAGAAAAAGAAAAAGAAAAAGAGAAGAGGGAGGUGAGUACCUCUCGGGGACAGGGACAGGGACAGGGGCAGGGCCAGGGUACUGCCGGAGCUAGAGUUGGUGGGAGUGCUGCUGCUGCUGCUGCUGAUGGCAGUGGAAGAGGAGGUAGUGCUACGGGAGGGAGUACCGGUGCCAGUAUCGGUGCCAGUGUUGGUGCCAGUGUCGGUGUCAGUGCCAGUGGAAUAGGGAGUGGAGAUAUGAAAGAAGGAGCUACGGCCACAGAUAUAGGAGGAAGAGCGCCGGCGGCAGCAGCAGCAGCAGCAGCAAAGAUGGCGGAAGUUGGCACAAGUGUUGGUCCUCCGCGUGUUGCUGGUGAGUGGAUCAACAACUUGAAUGGAAGCAACAAGCGAAUGGCUGCCGCUGACCCCACCGGCCCAGGAACGGAAACCAGGCCGGAGAAGAGGUCGAAAACGGAGAUGAACGCGGGACAAAUGAGAACGACGACAAGUGCCCAGAAACCUACCUCUACCUCUACCUCUGCCUCUACACAGGGGGCUAGAGGGGUUGUCCAGAAGACCGGGGGAUCACAGAAGCCCGAGGGAUUACUCAAAUCGUUGUUGAAGAAAGGGACGGGAAGUAGCGCUUAG